UGACGAUGAUGAUGAUGAAAACUGAUCUCGGGUUUACUCCGCGCACGUUGCGUCUCUGAUUGGCCACCUUGGACAGUGACAGUGACGGUUUCUGUUGCGCCAUUGGCUGCCUGUUCGUGCACACGCGCUUCCGGCUGAGUAAAUCAGCGAGAGAGGGAUUGGGAAGAGAGCGAGAGAGAUAGGGUGUGUGUGAGGGAGAGAGUGUGUUACAGUAGAGUUUGGCGCAGUGAGAGGACGCACUGAUAUUUGACGCGCGACUCCAGGGGCGCAAACACACUCACGGAGCUGCGCGCUGUUGUGCGCGCUCAGUGGAGACAUGCGGCGGCUGUAGGUGAUGACCAUACUGUGUUCUUGGUGUCUUCACUCCAGCACCAGGACUUCUUCUUCUUCUUCUUCUUCUUCUUCUUGUUUUGGUUCGUUCAUUCGUGCCCCGAGAGUCUGGAAACUGGAUCGUGAAGGAGAGGAACAGCGCGCAACAAGUGCGGAGCGGCCGAGCUUCCCGCAGCAGCAGCAGCGGCAGCGGCGGCGGCAGUAGUUAUGGAAGAGCAAAAGGAGAUCAGCAGCAGCAGCAGCAGCAGCAGUAGCAGUAGCAGCAGCAGCACCCGGGACUCCGCAGAGGAGGAGACCAUGUCCCUGUCCCCGCACCUGCCUUCUUCUCCUCCUCCUCCUCCUCCUCCCCCACUGCUCCUGCAGGGCGCACAGGGGGCCCACAUGAGCAGGACCACCAACUUCUUCAUCGACAACAUCCUGCGGCCGGACUUCGGCUGCAGGAGCAAACAGGACUCCUGCAGGAGCCGCGGUCAGCAGGCCAAGGCGGCGACGGCGCUGCCGCUCCUGCAGCAGCAGCAGCAGCAGCAGCGCAACAACGGCAGCGGCGGAGGCAGCGACAGCUCCUCUUCUUCCUCUUCUUCUCCCUGCUCCUCUUCCUCCUCCUCUCCUGCGUCAAAGCUACUGCAGGGAGACGCGGCGAGCAGAUACGCGGACUCUAACGGCGCCUCCGCGGCGGGCGUGGGCGGGAGCGGGGGCCGCGGCGGCGGCGGCGCCAACGGCGGAGGCGCACGAAGCGGUGGAGGUGGAGACGGAGCAGGCGGCAAAGGAGGUUCGUCGGCGGAGGGGAAGGAGAGCCAGCCGCUGCUGUGGCCCGCCUGGGUUUACUGUACCCGCUACUCUGACCGGCCUUCAUCUGGCCCCAGGACCAGGAAACUGAAGAAGAAGAAGAGCAGCAAGGAGGACAAGCGGCCCAGGACGGCCUUCACUGCUGAGCAGCUGCAGAGACUGAAAAAUGAGUUCCAGGCCAGUCGCUACAUCACGGAGCAGCGGCGGCAAUCGCUGGCCCAGGAACUGAACCUCAACGAGUCCCAGAUCAAGAUCUGGUUCCAGAACAAACGGGCCAAGAUCAAAAAGGCCACCGGCUACAAGAACGGGCUGGCUCUACACCUGAUGGCCCAAGGACUGUACAACCACUCCACCACCACGGUGCAGGAGGACAAGGAGGACAGCGAGUAGGACAUUUGACUCCCUGUCUCAUGGAACUAUAAGAAAGACAAUGAAAAACUGAGGAGGAGCAGGACUACGAGGAGGAGGAGGAGGAGGAGACGCUUAUUUAAAAGUAAAAAAAAAAAAGGAAACUCAGAUUCACGUUGAUGCUAACAGUAUAUGGACAUAAUUAUUAUUAUUAUUAUUCUAUAUUAAAGUUU